AUUUUACCACAGGCAACCCGUCAAACCGGGAAACUGUAAUGCUGAAGUGGAAACUUUCUCGUAGUUUUUGCCGUGCAAUAAUGUCAAAAUUGUUAAUAGAAGGGGAAGGCCUCACUGCGACUGUUACUCUUAACGAUGGGCACAAGAUGCCUCUAUUUGGGCUUGGGGUUUACCAAGCAAAACCCGAAGAAACUUCAAAUGCUACGACAACAGCCAUUCAACAUGGCUACCGAAUGAUCGACACGGCAGCUUUGUAUGGAAAUGAAAAAGAAGUUGGAGAAGGGAUCAAGAAAUCAGGAGUAAACAGAGAAGACAUUUUUGUUACGAGCAAAGUUUACCCAAAUAAGGAGAACCAUGGAUAUAAUGAAUCUAUAAGAGCAGUGAAAGAAAGCUUGGCAAAGCUUGACACAGGGUAUAUUGACCUCUACCUAAUCCAUUCACCUUCACCUGGUAAAAAUAUAGAGACAUAUGAUGGCUUGCUGAAGAUGAAGGAAGAAGGCCUCAUAAGGUCUGUGGGUGUGUCCAACUUUGGUAUUCAUCAUCUGGAGGCCCUGAAGAAAUCUGGUCGCCCAACCCCAGCUGUCAAUCAAAUUGAACUCAAUUGCUUCUGCCGCAGAGAAGACACUGUCAAGUAUUGCAGAGAUCAUGGCAUAGUUCUAGAGGGGUUCUGCCCAAUUUUCCGUGGACGAAAAAAUAAUGACCCCUGCUUAGUUGAAAUAGCAAAAAGGUACAAUAAGACUGUCCCACAGCUUCUAAAUCGUUGGAGUGUUCAAAAGCAGUUUGUAACUAUACCAAAGUCAGUAAAGCCAGAUAGGAUCAUGGAAAAUGCUCAAAUUUUUGAUUUUGUUAUCAGUGAUAAAGAUAUGCAAGUAUUGGACAAUUUACCCACCGAAAGGUGUUCAUUUCUAAAUAUGAAAGAGCCUGCAGAAGCACCAUGGGUUAGCUAAAAGCAAGAUGUAGGUAAAUAAUUUAAAAUGUUUGAUAGAAUUAAUUAAAUGUAGCAUUAGAUAAUGAACAGAUAAUGAACAGUGUUGUGGCAUGAAAUGAAGGACUGAUUUUUGUCUGAUCAUUUUGGUGUGAUUGAUAAAUAAAUAAACAAAGUAUAAUUAAAUGGAAUUUGGUAUAAGCAUGUAUUUUAUUCUUUCUACAUGUAGAGAUGAUGUCAUUCAAAUCAUUGUCUUGAUGGACAAUCAAGAACACUAGUUUUUCACUACUUCAAACUCUAGACUUUUAGCUUUUAAAACAAUGUUGGCGACCUCCCCUUUUUUAUUUCCAUCUUUUGAAAGUAGUUUGUAAUUCCUUAAGUGUACAGGAAAAAUUCAAAAAAGCUGAUGUUGGGAUCAAAUCGAAAUCACAUAUCUUGUGCAUAGUUGGAAUAGAUUUUCACACUUGUAGGACAUUAAGUUGGGCCAUUUUUUAGAGUAACAGAAAAAAUUGAGCAAUAAGUAAGUUGAAUAAGAUUCAUUUUAAUUUUAAUAAAAACAGAUUUCCUGUGA